CGCUCCCAUUGGGCGGCGGCGGCGGGUUUAAAUCCAAACCGCCGGGGAGGGCAGCCGUGCCUCCGGGCUGCCGCGCUGCGGGCGCCGCUGUCCUCCUGGUCGCGCAGACAAUGAUUGCUUUCCAGCAAAAAAUUUUAAACUGGAUCAAGUGUUUCAGAAGACAAUGGGUUUUAUUUUCAAACUCUGAAAGGACUACUGUAUGUGGAGCAGACUACAUGCUGAUGGCGUUACAGCUGUCGAUGGCUGAAGUCAAUAAACAGCACCAUGGAGAUUUCACAGUAUCACUUAGUGACGUGUUGGAAACUUGGAAGUAUUUUUUACAUGACAAACUGGGAUUAUCAUACAAAAACAUGAAAGAACCUGAAAAUUAUGCUGACGUAAAAAAAGCCUAUCAUGCCUUCUUAGAAAGAAGCAAUAUGUUAGAUCUAAUAGACAUAUGUCAGAAAUGCUGUGGUCUUGGACUUGUAUCUGAAGAUGAAAGCAUAGCCCCUGCUCAACUGUUGGAAUUUAUUUCUGGCAUACAGAAUGCACAAGAAAAUAAUGUUUCUGUUCCUUCUACUCCUCCCACACCGGUCAACAGACAGGGCCAGGAGAAUGUGAAGGUGACAGGCCUAGCAAAGAAGUGUGUUUGUUCAUAUUUAAGCUUGCUGGUGAAUUCUAAGGAUGAUCUGGCAUUGGCUCGUAUUUUAAAUGUUCCUGACAGAGGACUUGGUAGAGAUGCCUUCACUAACCUAAAACAUGCCUCACAGAAGAGCGAAAUGUCUAUUUUCUUGAUGGCAACAUCUUUUAUCCGAACCGUAGAACUUGGAGGAAGAGGCUGUAAAUCUUCAUUAUUUGAUCCUUUAAGAGUCCAUGUAAAGGGGCUUUCAAAUCUUGUUAAUUUUAUUGACAAGCUGCAAGACAUUGUUGGUGAAAUCUUAAAUCCAAGAAUUGCAGGGGAGCGAAUUCUGUCAACAGUGAAGAUGCAUUUGAUAAAAGACCGAAGCAAUGGGGAUCCUUUCUGUCAGGCAAUAGAGGAAGUUGUAGAAGAUUUGGAUUUGAAGAUUAAAAAUAUUAUUGAUUCACAACAUGAAGUCUUGACUGCCAGCACUACUGGAGUCAGUCCAGCACGGCCAAAAUUGCAUUCCAUAAAUCAUGGCACUGUGUAUUGUGGCAGACACACUGUAAAGGUCUUACUCGUUCUUCUGGAUGAAGAAGCAGUCAGUCCUCCUACCCAGAACACAGCAGAACUAUUAUAUGAUGAUGAAAGAUUAAAUUUGUUCGGAACCACCUCUGUUUUGACACUCUUCAGAUCUCCAGCACAGUCCAGUGGAUCUUCUCCAAAACCUCUUAGACAACGUAUUCAGAAAUCUAUGGAUGAAAAAAAAAAAAAGAUGAAACCAUCUUCAAUCAAAUCUCAGUUUGCAUGUACAUAUAAAAAUGAGUUGAGUGAAACAAAGGAUCAGCAUUUCCUCAGCAGUAGCCGAAUUCCAACCUGCAUGCAUCCUGCACCAAAGCAACAUUUAAAAGCUGGAUAUCUCACAGAAGGUAUGAAUUCCUGUCUUGAUGUACCAGUGCUUGGAACUAUUUCUGAAAAUGUUCACCAGACUAGAAGUUACACAGAAAUGGGAAAGCUGAGUUGUCAGCCAAGAAGUGAGAACUCCAAGAAUGAACAGAUGGAUUUGAAUAAUGACAAAGUAAUCUGCGAUAAGGAAAGCGAACUGUCUUUGCAAAAAAUUGCUAAAAGACCUAAGACUUCAAACAAUCCUCAGAAGGAAUUAGACAGCAAAACUGGUGGAAAAAGAAAACACAGCAAAACUGCGAGCAAGAAUAAGUUGAUUGCUGGUCAGGCAAAAUUAACUCACUUUUUUCGACUAUAAGGUUUUGUUCGACAUAUAUGGUAUGUUGGCUGGUUCAGAUUUGCAAGAAAAGGGUGAAAUUAAUGAACUGCUUCCUUUCAUACUAAAAUACAUGGAAGGAGCUUGUGUGUAAUAUUAGACAAUUAAUUACAAGCCUAGAUUAUGCGGAAGUCUUUUAUUUUUUGAUAACAAUACAUUGUUAGUAGUUACAGCUAUGUUCUUUUUUGAUAAUGAAUUACUUCUCCUUCUACAAUGCUAUGGGAAAGCAUUUUUGGAUGCAUAUGUAUAGCCACACUGAAACACAGUAACUUCAAGUUACAUUAAACUCAUAAUAAAAUGUUUGGUCUUCAAAGAAGGUGGUGUAGGUCAGAAGUUUUCAGACUUGCCAACAAGGUCGAUAGACUCUUCCCAGCAUACACCUGAGCACUACAGAGAAAAAAAAAUAUCUGGAAGUUUAAAAUAUCAAAGAUCUAGAAUUCUUUAUGGCCUCUGGAAAUACUAAUUGAACAAGCUUAACAAAUACUUCCUCUCCCGUGCACUGAACACAAUAGACAUGAAGUUUCUAAAUGAAUCUUUAUCAAAUUCCCGUAUAGGCAUACUUUAUGAGAAUGAAAUAUUUUCAUUUUACACAAAAAUUAUCUUUACCAUCAAAAUCUCUUCUUCCUAUAGGGAAUUUAGGCAAAUUUUCUUCAUCUGCAGUCUCUCUUUGCUGUAUUGAUUCAAUGUUUCGAAUUUCAGUGUCAGCUGGGAAAGCCAUGGCUCCCUUCAGUGCAAGAUAAGGUAGUUGCUUUCUACUUAAGUUGAUUGACAUAACAUGAUUUAAGAAAUCAUGUCUGGAGCCUGUGUCCUAUUUUAAGGGAAAACAAGAGUAGCAGUAAAUAAAGUCAGUUGUGGUCACUUUUUGUACUUGACUUUUUAUACUUUAUACUUAGCAGUGCAAGUGAUUUAUAUUUCAAGAUGAUUUAAAAUCAUAUCUAAUAAGAAUGUUUAAAAGUAGUUAAUUGCUUUACAUCUUUGGCUGCAAUGGUUUUAUGGUAAGGAAUGAGAGAAAAUAAUGAGUCUUGUAUUUGGUGAAGUUAAAAACCUGUUGAUGCAUAUAGGGACAUGCUGAAUCAAAUAUAAAUACAGGGUUUUUCCUCCUCAAGUUUUGGGUACACAUAAUUCUGUAAAAAAUCAGAUUUCUUUUAUUCAACUGUCCAACACAUUUAAAAUGUUGGAAUUAUAUUCUUACAGUUGAAAAUUUAUUCUUGACUAUAGUAUGCUAUUUUUUAUAUAUUCACCAGGUUGUUGCUUUAAAUCCUUGUACGUUUUCUAAAGGGCUAUAAAGAGAAUAUUUGUUUUACGAUUAAGCCAAAACAUAAAACUGAAAACUCACCAAAAACUUCACGUUUCUGUCAUCUUCUUCAUCCAAAACACUACUGUCUUCAGUCUUAUAACGCUUUAGCAAAGGUAUAGCUCCUCUGUUCCCAGUUGUAUCUCCAUUUCGCAAAGUUUUUCCUAAUGUGGUUAGCAACAUAUCUUCAUCUACCUUCUGCAGAGAUUUUGAAACUGAGAGUAGAAAACCUUGAGAAAAAAGACAAAGAGAGAGAAUUAACAUGUAGGAUGAGAUACACAUUCUUAGUUACUCAAUACUUGCAUAGAAGUUAAGCAGUUUUCAAAUUUUAAGAAGUCUUUUCCAGUUGUAAAUUAAGAUGUUCUCUAUCUAUGCCCACUUUAUAUAUUUUAUGGAUUGAAUGGAAACUACUUCAAUGGCUGAUGAGUUCAGUCUUUUUAAAAUGACUCAUAUUAAGGAGUAACCUUUUCUAUAAUCCCUCUAAUCCCAUCUGUUGCUUAGAACUGCUUAAAUGUGGGUUUUUUUUCAGCAUGGAUGAUUUGUUUCUUUGUAUGUUUUUAGAACAGCACAGAUUAAUUCCUCUUGAUGGGUCACUAUAACAGAGUGCACAGAAAAAAGUGAUGUCCAUUUGUGUUGUUUUUAAAGCCUUACCUCCAGUUAAGGCAAUUUAAGAAAAGGAACUAAUCUACAUAAGUAAGCAGGACUGUUGUAGAGGUGUAAUCUGUCAUAGUUUUUGAUCAAAAGUGAUUCACAAAAGAGUUGAAAAGCUUGACAUUUAACAAUAGCUUACACUGCUUUACUGGGUUAGAGCUGAAAUCAUUAAUUUGUAUUUCUAUGUCCAUUAUGUCAGGUUACAUUAUUCAGAGCUUAUGUCUAGAAAUCUUUAUUAAUGCCCAAGUAAUUAUAUUUAUCUGCAUCUUCUUUCUGAAAAUGGAGCUUUUCCAGCUACAAAUGUAAUGUAGUCAGAUAUGCUUGCUAAGAAUGUAGAAGGAAAAGUAAACUUCAGUUUUUCAUUUUAAAAGUCUUUGAAGUCUACCUAUUACUCUGUGGAAGGAAAUGUAGGAGUUUCAGCAUAUAUAUAUAUAUAUAUAAUUUCUUUAAUUUAUUUUACCUUAUGUGGAAAGCAAAUGGGACCAGCUCUAAUUUAGCUAAUUUCAAUGUCAGUGAUACAAACCACCUAUUCAGUGGCUGUGUGCCUCUUAGUUGGUACCCAUCUCUUCAAUACAUGUUUGUUUUACUCUAGUGGAGAAAGCCAAACAUCCUGCUAGACAAGGCAAACCACUAGGAAACUGAGCAAGAAACUGACUAUGCGGAAGGAGUACCAGUUCCCCCUUGUCUUCUUCCCUCACUCUCUAUUUUGCUGUUCUGGCUUUUUGUCUGUAUUGACAUAUGCUAGGAACAAAAUGUAAAAUUUUAUUAGCAAAAGUGAUUUCUUAUAGUGGUUCUCUUUUUUUUUUUUUUUUCUUUUAUUGAUUUUCUGACGGUCUUCACUAGUACCUACCACUAAUGUGGUGUGAAGGAGAAAUUAAGAUCAAUAUUUAAUUGCCUGGACAAGCCUACAACACAUCAGUGGUAGUCACAUAUAGCAAGUAUACAAUUUGUCUUUAUACCCAUUGAACAAAUUCCAAGGAAGAAAUAUGACUGCUGCUAGAGAGGUGUUGCAUAGUCCUAGGGAAGUAUGGAAAGAAUAAACGAUUCCUGCUGAAAGCAGGCAAGGAUACCCCUCUAAUCCACAGACUGAGGACAUUGUGUAGAAGGGCUGACCGGUGUUAUUGGAACUGUGGUAUUUUUAAUCACUGCUCGCUGCUAAACUUCCUGGAAAAGCGGACUGCCUUGCCAAAGUAACUUCUUGGUAAGAAGUUUCAUGGGAAAACACAUCCUGCUGGACUAAGCAGAUUUUGACUGAGACAUUUUGGGUAUACCCACUUUUCCUCAAAUGAGGAAAGUGCUUUUAAUCCUUUCCAGGCAGAGUGUCUCUGACAAAUAGAACUACUACUUCUCAUUCUUUUCAUUUCCUUGCUGUAGAGCCUGCGCUUGCCUCUGGGCAAUUGAAAUGGUUUCUUUUCUUUGACUUUUAAUUGCCUGGCUACAGAGGAGACAAAUUUGAAAGUCAAUUGUAUACAGUUUUAUAUUUCUGAUCCAACCGCCCUUUGCUGAUUUGUAUUCUUCCCUCACAUUCAAUAUUUGUACAGUUUUGUUCAAUUUGAUAAAGCAAAAGCCAUCUCUGUUCUCUAAUGGUACUUUUCAUUUAGCUCAGCCUAGGAGAACAAGAGGAGUGCUUUGGAGCUGCCAUUGGCAACAAACCUUUCUUUUUAUAUGCUGGCAUAUGAGUUAAGAGUUGGGAAACAUCCACCCCAGUCGUUGUGUAUGUGGCAAGAGUUUCUGCUUAUCUGAAGCUGUAAUACCCACAGGUAUGCAGCAUAGAUCACACAUGACUUGCUUUCAAACACUUCUCUUUCAUUUAAUACAAAACACAGGUAAAAUAAGAACAAUUGACAUGCAUUAAUUGAAAAGUCCAUCUACAGUGUCUAAUCAGUUGUCUACUGUGUCUAUAAGCUGAUGUCUAUGGAAGAAUACAAUAUCAGGGCAAACUUAGGGUACGCCAUUCGGUAUCCUCUAGCACUUUUCGAACUGGUUGUUCAUUUUUAAGGAUCGUUGAAGAUCUGAGGUGGUUCUAAUGAUAACUAGUAGAACCUCCUAAUUAGACCGCUAAAAAAUCAAUAGCAUAUGUCUGUAAAUUCGGUGACUUUCUGACUGUUCAGAGCAGUAGAUAACAUUUGUACACCUGCAGAUUUGCAAUGCACUGUGUACACCUCUUCAUAAUGCCUUUGUAAGUCCUAACACUGCCUGCAUUUUUUCCUUGUCAUCUUGAAACUUGCCGUUUUAGUGAAAAUGUAAAAAGUUUUAAUAUACCAGCUUCUACGUUUUUAUCAUUGUUUAUAAAACUUUUUUAUUUUUAUAAUAACCUAAUGCUGCAUAUAGAGUAAUAACAAUUAUUUUGAUAAGGUCAUCUUGCUUUUACAUUGCAUUUUGUUACAAGGAAAUAUAAACUCUUAACAUCUGAAAUUUGAUGUGAUAUAUGUAAGUAAAUAAAAUCUAAGUGAUAAUGUGUCUGGAAUUUGCCUCAUGCCCAUUUUCAAUACUUCUAGAAUGGGUUAUAAAACAAUUGUAAUAGUUUUAUUUGGUCUUGUAUCUACUGUAAUUGCCAUGUUUAAGUGUUUGAGCCCAAUGCCUAGUAAUGACUGAACAAUAAAUAAAACAGGUGUAUCU